AUAAUUUGUGAUCCUCCUUGGUAAAUGUUUAUUACGCUUAUUCUAAAAAAAGAAAAACAAUUGUGCAUUUUGGAUUGCUAUAAAAAAAAACAUGGCUAAAGGACAUAACAAAUUUAACGAUAUUUGUACAUAUUAAACGAUAUCAACUCGUUUUCCAGCAUCACAAACCUAUACGAGGGUUAUGGCUAAAUUGUGCUGUGUUGGAGGUUGUAUUGCAAAAGAUGUGGUCUAUUUCAGAUUUCCGAACAGUAAAACACAAUGCAAGAAAUGGAUCGAAGCGAUGAAUUUAACAACCAAAUUAUCUUACAACUCUGUGAUAUGCAGCGAUCAUUUUAAACCCGAAGACUAUGGAGUGGUGCGGGGUAAAGUCAGGUUAAAACCUAAAGUUAUACCUAAAUCGCAGAACGAACAGAAACAAAAUGAAACAUCAAAUAGCAAUGCUAAUAAAGAAAACAGUUUAGAUAAUCAGAAAAUUGGUAACCGCAAGGUGAAGAAUAAAGCAGAAGAAAGAAAGAACAGCGUAGAAGAUGUAAAUGGAGAUGUACAGAAUGAUACGAUAGUUGCAAAUAAUAUAAAAGAUGCAAAAAAUAAAAAAAAUACAAAACAUACCAAAAAUACAAAAGGUGGAAAGAAUACAAAAGAUUCUGAGAAUGCAAAUAGAGCAAAAGUUGCUGAGAAUACAAAAAAUGUAGAGAAUACAAAAGUUGCGGAGAACGUAAAUAAUACAAAGAAUACGAUUGAUGUUGAAAAUACAAAUGUUGCUAAGAAUACAAAAGAUGCUGAGACUACAAAAGUUGCCGAGAAUACAAGCAAUGCUAAGAACACAAAAAAUACAAAAGAUACAAGUGACACAUCUUCCGAUGAAGAACCUCUCAGUAAACAUCGAGCCACAAAAGAUUCUCUAAAAAAUCUAUCGGAAAGUAUUACUCAAGUCGAUUUAAAUGCAAACGCGUCAACGGAAAACGAUAUAGAAGAUAUUUUGACUUAUUAUUCAAUAAAGCAGAACAAAAAGGUAGCGGAGAGACAGACAGAGGAAAUACAUAGGGAAAGGAAUGGACAAAGUAUAGUGGAUUUAUCAGUACAAGAGAAUGAACCUGCACCGGUGUUUAUAGAAGUGGCUGUAAAUGAAGAGCAAAACCGAGAAACAGGUAGUCCUCAGGACUGCCUUAUGGUGUUGGAGAGUGUACAAGUGGAACUGGACCCUAACGAGCUGAUGAUGUCAGAUGUUGAUGAAAACGGACCUAAUGGUGAACAAGCUGAUCCGAUCAGUUUGGUGACGUCAAGUGACGACGAUGACGUCAUCAUAGAGGAGCCCCACAUCGACACGGUGGAGGUGUCAGAUGCGACUGACGAGGACGACGUGCCUCUAGUGCGGCUGCUGCCGAGCACCGCGAGACUUCGCCCCCGGUGGCGCGCCCCCAACCCCUUCUAUAGGAAAGAUGUGUGGGGAACUUAUCAGUACUUCUGUCCGCAAUGUAACUACAGGACACCGAGCAAAGCUGAGUACAAGGUUCACACGUUCCAGCAUUCCACUGCUGUGCUGGUCUGCAACCGCUGUCCUUUCACAACGGCCAGCAAACUUCGAUACACGCAUCAUAUGAGGCGGCACAAAGAUGUCAGGAGAUAUAAAUGUCACCUUUGUGCCUACAAGGCUCGGCAUGAAAUGAGUCUAGUAUACCAUCUGAAGUGUCAUGAAAGUGUUGGUGACAAGUGUUUGUAUAAGUGUGACAAAUGUGAUUAUGUGUCAAGUGUCAAACGCUAUUUAAUGAAGCAUGUGUUAGUGUGUAGUGCGAGGAAAAUUAAAUCCAGAAGACAUAAGCGGAGGACUAAAGAGGUAAGGUAGAUAAAUACUUGAGUUUGAUGGGAGUGUCGACUCUGUGGUAACCAUUUUACUUGUAAAUAGCUCUUGGGUUCUCCGUCAACUAAUGUGAUUUUUGACUUUUCAUUUGUAUAUUUACCCAAUGUAGCGGUGAAGGGAAACAUUGUGAUGUACAUAUUGGGGAAGAAAUUCAUAGAUAUGUGUGAAGUUGACUGUCCCAAUUAGGAUUACUCCCAACCGUCACCCCACUCUGUCUUCACGUGAGAAUAAAAUGUUUCAUCCAUCCCACCUUUUAGUCCUACCAUCACAAAUAAGUUGACAGAUGGAACCUUCAUGAAAUGAAAUAAGUACCAACCGUCCCCACAUAAAGGGUGUGUUGGAUGAAACUUUAUUCUCAUCUGACUAUGUGGGGCAGAGUGGGGUGACGGUUAGGAAUAAUCCCCUAGAUACCCUUUGGGUAGACUCUGAGCUCAGUGGAGACAUAUAGUUGGUGAUAUCAAGGAGUUUAUCUGAACCAAUGUUGCUAUUGGUUACUAAAUUGACUAACUAGAUGUGGACUUCGCCCGGAGACUCUAAGGAGACUAGGUCAUAGUUAACACACAAUUGAAGUUUAGACCAAAGAGAUUUAAAUAUAUAGAGGUGGCAUUGAAUUAAUGUAAACUAGUACUAUCUUGUUUGUAUGACUUCUUUUGCACAAAAUAUACAAUUUAUUGCAGAGCUUACAUUUUUAUGUUGUUAUCUUCUUUAUGUUACAUCUUGCACUCUAUUGUUUUUCGCUUCAAAUCAUAUUU